GUUGAAAAUGUUAUAUAAAAACUUAAUUAGAAACGCAAUCCAUCAGAAAUUAAAGUUAAAAUUACAUAAACUAAUAGUUUUUGCUCGCGUGAUAUAGUUUUCGAUGAUGAAAUUUCCUACAAACUUUCAACCCCUUUUCCUUUAAACUUAUUGUCCUUUAUCAAGGUUAGUUCUAUCUUGAGUGAGUGUAAUAGUCAGUCAGACAGAAAAAGUCACCUCAGAAUAUAUACUUUCAGUAGGAAUGUACUUUUUUUAAUUUAUUUGGUAACUCAACAGCUUGUUUACAAUAAUUAGAACCAUAUACUUACACAAUAUUACUUAAGCCAAUUAUAGAAUAACACAACAAAUUCAAAAGCUAUGUGUAUAACAAUAGUCAAUGGUACGAGUAUUUUGAUUAAACAUUGAAAUUUGAAAAAUUCUUAUAUGUGCCAUAAGUUAAGAUCACAUUACAUAAUUCAAUAUUUAAGACUUACUAAGUGACAAUCUUGGGAUUGUCACUUAGUUAAUAAAACAACGGUGCCAAAGAUCAAGACACACAUAAAACAUGUACUUAUGUAAUACGGUGUGUUAAAAAAAAGAAUAUUCAAUAUUAGAAUACGUCACGCUUUUGUACAUUUUCUACAAAGUUGUGACGUGGCGAGCCCCCACUUCUCCACUUUAUAAGAAUACGUAUCUUAUAUUUUUCUAUUAUCUGACUGGCAGAAUAAAUAGAAUUAUUAUUUUUUAUCCACGCAUCGUCCCUGAUCGACAGUUCUACUGUGAGCUAAAUUCCAACACCUGUAUAACGGAACAGAAAAAUUUCUUCAAAAUGUUUGCUAUAAAGAAAACAAACACAUUAACUCUUAGGUCGGAAGGGCCGGGUCGCGCUGGGGCGUCUGUGUCGGGACUUUCGCCAGACACCCGAUACGCCCUACGUCUCGCCGCCUACAAUGAUGUAGGGGCAUCCGCUUACACGGCGCCUUUACACUUCACCACCAGAGAGGAAGCACCAGGAGGAGCUCCUAGGGAAAUCACUGUGCGUGCAUUAAGAGCACGCGAGCUGCAUGUCACAUGGCAGCCUCCACAGAGAGAGACUUGGCACGGUACACUAUUAGGAUAUACAAUUAGAUGGUGGGAAGUUUCUGAGGAAGGCAAAGGAAUCGGUGACAGUUCGGGGUCUGAGAGUGGGGCCAGUGCUGACUCAACUAGUACAACUAUCAGAGGUCUAAAAGCUGCUACUCGAUAUGGAGUUGCAGUGAGAGCAUACAACGCUGCUGGUACAGGUCCCCUGUCACCGCCACAUUUUCGUCACACAUUAGAAUCACCGCCAACAGCAGGUCCUGAAAGUGUUAAUUGCAUAUCAAGUAGUUCUACAUCUUUGAGAGUGUCAUGGCGGCCACCGUCACUUGAUACAAGGGGUGGCAUUAUCACACAUUACACAUUACAAUAUACCAGAAGAGAUACUGAUCCUUUGCUUCCAUCUCAAGAUGCUUACCUUCGAGUUCAGGGUGAAGAGACAACAGUUUCUAGACUAACACCAUAUGCAGAAUACGAGAUCCGAGUUCGGGCACAUAAUGCGGCUGGUGACGGGCCGUUAUCUGUACCACAAGUUUGCAGAACUGAUGAAGAUGUACCGAGUGCUCCAGGUGGUAUGAAAUUGAUUGCUCUCAGCGAUCGAUCGUUACGGGCGUCUUGGUUGCCACCUCCGGAGCCUAAUGGCAAAUUGACGCAUUACACACUUUACAUCAAAGACUUAUCGGGGUCACAAGAACCAAACGCGACAAGAGUGAAUGCGUGUACAGAGAAUGAAGGUGCCUCUGUUGAGUGUAUGAGAACUUUAAGAGGUCUGAGGCCAGGAAGAACCUACGAAGCGUGGGUGAAGGCAGCUACACUUGCAGGGGAGGGUCCACCUUCACCUUCUGUAGCAUGUCAGACUAGUGGAUUGGCACCGGCCAGGAUAUCGUCUUUUGGUGGACUGUCAUUAGGUGCAGCGGGUACUACGUUAUCUUUACGAUGUGUUGUUGGUGGUACCCCACCACCGGCUAAAAGAUGGUUAAGAGGAGGAAACCCUUUACAUCCGCGCCCACCGUUCCACUUAGAUGGAGACGCUUUAUUGAUUAGAAAUUUGGAUUUGUCUCAUGCGGAUAACUACUCAUGCUUGGCGGAAAAUCCACAUGGAUCUGAUUCAGUUACAUGGCGAGUGGUGGUACUCAAGCCCCCUGCACCUCCCGCUUUAGCUCUCAUUGAAGCCAGACCCAGGGAACUUGAACUUGAACUGCGGCCCGCGCCGAAAACAACUGGACACGCGAUCCCAAAAGCUUUUACCUUGCACUGGAAGCUGACGACGCCAGAGGGCGAGUGGCGCAUACAAUCAGCAAAUCCUGGACCUGUGACUCUGACUGGAUUACGAUGUGGGUCUUCAUAUAAAGCAUAUGGUACAGCGGGAGGCCCACCAGGAUCUGAACUAGCUGUGAGAACGUCUGGAGGUCCGCCUAUAGCACCACCAGAUUCUAGGUGGAUUCGCACAAAUUCAACUCACGCACGUUUUGAUACGAGUGCAUGGAACGAUGGAGGUUGUGCACCCGUUGCCUUAAAACUAGAGUGGGCUGGUUCAGGAGUAGCUGGAGCGAGGGAUGUGCCUGUUGGAGGAGAAGUUAUUUUAGGAGGGUUGACGCCCGGCUCUAGAUAUCGUGUCGCAGCUCGAGCUACUAAUGAAGCGGGUAUGACCCGUGAAGUUUAUGAGUUCACAACGUCUCCUUCUGAAGGAGGGUUUGCCGAAGAAGUGGAUGCCCCUUUCCCUGCCACUGCAGGGGAACUGGCUUUAUUACUGGCUCUAUGCGCAGCGUUGUCUUUGGCUGCACUGACAAUAUUAGCAAUUUUAUUGAGACGAAAAAGACAUACAUUAUUCGAGAUUGUUGAAAUGGAUAGCAAAUUAGAUAUUGAUAAUGAUCAGCGAUGCUAUUCUGUUAAAGAAACAGUCUUGGACUCGACGACUGCAUGUCACUGA